ACUCUUGCACUACAGUCAAAACAUCCGUAAAUGCUGCGUUCAGGGUCAUUAUUGCGGCUCGUGGAGAAAGAUGGCAAGACGCGUCAAGUCUCUACUCCGCCGGUGGUCCUCCCGGGUGUUUUCGGUGGAGCUGGACGAAGCGCCUCUCUCUUUUGGGAUCCAGGCAGCGCAGCGGGGAGGGAGACCGCCGGGGUUUUUUGCUGAGCUCGGAGAGCAGGACCGGUGCUACUCCCUCCUGGUGAGCGGCAGAGACGCGGCCAGAAGAGCGCAGUUCAGCGCGCAGCUGAGAGAGCAGCUGCUGAGAGAGCUGCCUCCGGGCUGCGACCUGGCUGCCAUGUCCUCGCACCUGCCGGACGCCGAGGACUCUCUCAUCAAGGGUUAUUUCAUAAAAGGCAACACGGAGAACUCCUCCCGGAUAGAGGGGCUUUUAAAAGAUAUAGAACAGCAGGAGUCAGUGUUGGUGUGUUCAUACACAGGUGAGGACGGCCAGCAGUGGACGCAGCACCUGUGGUCACGUGAACAGAGCAAAAAGAUGGAAAUGAUGGUUAAGUUCUACGUGGUGCCCUCUGAGUCGUCAAUAUGUCACCCAUCUUCUCUCAACACGGCCAACUAUGAUGUUUUCCACAGCUUUGAAGAGGCUUAUGAUGUGUUGAAAAAGAAUGUCGACGUCAGCCCAGAGGCCAGGUCCGUACUGGAGAUGUUUCCCAGCACGGUGAAGGCAGGAAGAAAACCAGACUUCCCUGUUAUUGCCAUAGAGGGCCUGGAUGCUACAGGUAAGACCACUCUGACGGAGUCUCUGAGGGAUACUCUGGGGGCCACUCUUCUGCGCUCACCUCCCCAAUGCCUGUCCCGCUGGAGAGCCCACUUUGAUCAACAGCCAGCCCUCAUCCGCAGGGCCUUCUACGCUUUAGGGAACUACGUCACUGAAGAGCAAAUAGGCCAGGAAGGCAUGAAGACACCUGUCAUUGUUGACAGAUUCUGGCACAGCACAGCAGCUUAUGCCAUCGCCACGGCAGUAAGUGGCCCAGCGUGUAACCUCCCGCAGGAAGGCUCGGAGGUGUACCGGUGGCCCGGUGACCUGCUCCAGCCCAGCCUGGUGGUCCUACUCACCCUGAAUCCUCAGGAGAGGGAGAGGCGCCUGAGAAACCGAGGUCAAAAGAUUACUGAUGAGGAGCAAGAGCUGGAUCACAACCAGUUUUUCAGACUCAGAGUGGAGGAGGCUUAUCGGAGGAUCAGUGGCCCUCCUUGUGUCGUCGUGGAUGCCAGUCCUUCUGCAGACCUAGUGCUCCAACAAGUGCUGCUUUUAAUUAGGGCCAAAUGCCACUUGUAAACAGUUCUCGAUCUCCUCUUGCAGCCGGACAUGGAGUGGGUGCAGUACCUGCUUUCACCACUGGGUGCCAGUAAGGUGUUGUCAAUAGGAAAGCGGGAGGGCAGGUGGCCAGAUCCGAGCGUGGAGAUCAGAUUCUAUUCGCAAUGAGGAAAGGUUGAGCGGCCAGCAGCCAGGACUAUGUGCCACAAACAGAAAUACAUAUGAAUAUGGACGCAUACGCAACAUACUCUGUGUGUUCAUUUAACUGCUGUUUGUGACCUUAAGAAUCCUAUGUUGUUUAGCCUUCAGACAGAAUGUAGAAGUACUAUUAUUUGGACUGACACUGAGGAAGUGGAUAAAGGGGGAAAAAAAUCUGCACAAAUGAGCUACAUUUUAAUUAAUUGCUUUAACGAGAAAGUUUUUCAUCAAACCCAAUAUGCGAAUAAAUCCCUUCAUACUGUCUGCAUUUCUAACUUGCAUCAUGGCCAAACAAUUAAUCUCAGUCAAUCAAAAAGACUUAAUGACUAUAUGUCUCCAAAUUCAACACAAUGUUUCAUCGAGUCUACUGAAGUAUGUGCUGCAAACUUGAAUCUAAGAGGCAGUGUGCGCACUGAUGUCCUUUUUUUGCAUGUCUUUGCAAGUGUUUAGGGAUAAAAAGAGAAAAUUGUUAAAAAAGAAACUAAUUUUGAAAUUUCAGUGAUGAAUAAUAAAUUACCGAAAGAGUUAAUAGCUUGGGUAGUAUAAUCACUCAUAUGGCACAUUGUUGUGGGAGUUCUAGUAUCUCACUGCCCUGCAUCUGUCCACAACUUCAAUUGAUUUAUUUUCCUAAACUAAAUCACCCUGAAGACAUCCUAUUUUUUCAUUUUUAAUGUAAUGGAGAAAAAAAAAACAUUACCAUUUUAUUUUUUUCAUCUUGACUUUCAAAUUAAGAGCUUUGACAAUGU